AUGAAUAACAAAAUCUUCUCAUUUUAAAACACAAAUACAUUAGCUUAAGCAUUAACCAAUAAAAUCCAUGAGUUGGAAUAUUAAUCGAAAAAAGGUAUCAAAUAUCCAUAUGGGAAUAAUGAAGACUUUAUAGGAAUAGGGUAAAUAAUUUUAGAGUUUUUUUUUUCUGAUUACUUGAUUUAAAGAGGGUAAGUUAUAAAGAAAUUACAUUUAGAUAUCCAAACAAAGAAACUUAAAUAAAGAAGUCAAGUGAUCUAGUGUUACUAAGAUAAAGACUAUUAAAUGAAAGAAAUCUAGCUGAGAUAGCUUUAAAUUAUAAGUUAGAUAACUUAAUUUAAGUGGGCAACUAAAUAAACUUAAAGUAUUAAAUUUAAGCUAUAUUAGAAAAAAUCCAAAGAUUCUUGCUGAAACUUUGAAAUCCAUAAUAGCUGCAUAAUAUUUUGAUUCUAGUUAUGAUUUAGAACAUUUAAGAGAAGUUGUCUAACCUAUACUAAAAUAAGUUUUAGAUAAGUAUAUAUUAUAAAUUACUUCAACAUAGAGGAUAAACUGUUCCUUUAGUAGAGUUAAAAUAAAAUCCAAAAUCAGCAUUUUUAGAAUUUGUUAAUGGUUGUACAAAUUUAAAACCAAAAGUUUCUAUUGAGUGGAAGAAGGACCCUUCUUAAAAUGGAAAUCCUAUUAAUAUUUAUUAGGUUCAAUUAGAAUUAAAUAAUCUCAUUUCAAUCACAAAAGUAGGCGUCAAUAAAAGAAAUACUGAAUAAUUAGUUUAUAGAGAAGCCCUUAAAAGACUUUAAUAAAUUUAAUCAAACUUAUUAUAUUCUCCACAUUUAUAAAAUUAACUAACUCAAUAAUUAAAAACUAAAUCUUAAGAUAAAGAAUUGACGGAGGAAAUUACUAUUUUAGAUGAAUUAGACACCUCUUUUAUAGAUUCUAAUUAAUUUUAUUAAUUUUCUGAUUUAAGAGAUAAGGAUAUGGGUUUGUAAGAUAAUUAGAAAACUAUUGGUUAAAAAGUUGAAUUACUUUUAGAACAGUUUGCAUUAUGA